AUGGGAAUUGGUCGAUACAUUCUCACCCGCUUGCCAACUCUGGUGCCGCCGAUGAACCCGGCCCCCAAUCCAUUCAAGGCCCUGACUCUUCUCAACAAGCAACAAUGGCUCUUUUUCUUCGUCGCAUUCGCUGGCUGGACGUGGGAUGCCUUUGACUUCUUCACUGUCUCGUUGACGACUUCCCAGUUGGCCAAACAGUUCGAUAAAUCCGUCACCGAUAUUACCUGGGGUAUUACUCUUGUGCUUAUGCUCCGAUCCGUUGGCGCCAUUAGCUUUGGUAUCGCUUCGGACCGUUGGGGUCGUAAAUGGCCAUUCAUCGUCAAUAACUUGCUGUUUAUCGUGUUGGAACUUGGUGCCGGUUUCUCUCAGACUUACAAACAGUUUCUGGCUUGUCGAGCUCUAUUUGGAAUCGCCAUGGGUGGUCUCUACGGUAAUGCUGCGGCGACGGCACUCGAGGACUGUCCUAUGGAAGCGCGUGGUAUUGUAUCUGGACUUCUCCAACAAGGAUAUGCUUUUGGGUACCUGCUUGCAACGGCCUUUGCGCGCGGUCUAGUUGACACCACCUCGCACGGGUGGAGGCCGCUGUACUGGUUUGGUGCUUGUCCUCCGGUGCUCAUCAUUCUCUUCCGUUUGUGUCUCCCAGAGACAGAGGCCUUCCGGCAGCGACAGGCUACUCGGGAAGAGGUUCGGGGAAAUGUCAGUUCGACUUUCCUCUCCGAGGGCAAGGUGGCCUUGAAGCGUCACUGGUUGUUGCUGAUUUAUAUGGUUCUGCUGAUGGCUGGCUUCAACUUCAUGUCUCAUGGCUCUCAAGAUCUUUAUCCUACGAUGCUGGAAAGCCAGUUCGAAUUCUCAGCCAACGCUGUCACCGUUACUCAGGUUGUUGCCAAUCUUGGAGCGCUGACUGGCGGUACACUCUGUGGCUGGGCUAGUCAGAUCUUCGGUCGACGAUUUUCCAUCAUCACCAUCAGCAUUGUCGGCGGUGCACUUCUAUAUCCAUACACUUUUGUUUCGAAUCAUUCCAUCAUGGCCGCAGCUUUCUUUGAGCAAUUCUGCGUACAAGGCGCAUGGGGUGUGAUCCCAAUUCACUUGAUGGAACUGUCUCCAGGCUCGAUUCGAACCUUUGUCGUCGGUACCGCAUACCAACUCGGAAACCUUGUCUCGUCAGCUAGCUCAACCAUCGAAUCCACCAUCGGCGAGCGCUUCCCACUCCCUCCGACGGCAGAGAAAGCCCAUCGUUACGAGUACGGCAAGGUCAUUUGCAUCUUCAUGGGGUGCGUGUUUGGAUAUACUAUUCUGAUCACCCUUCUUGGGCCAGAACAUCUGGGUCGCAAGUUUGACGUGGAGCACGACGAUGAUAUGGCAGAAGUCACAGCCCACAGAGGGAUGGAAAAGAAGGAUAGUUUUGAGGGUGACCCUGAAAAGGCGGAUGCAUCACACAGGUUACACCUUGAGAACUAG